ACAAGAACUGCACACCAUGUCUGCUGUUGCUUCCUCUAAAGAAGAUACGAUGUCAUCUGAAAAAGCAGAUGAGAAACAAGCUGAGGCUGAAAGCAAAGCUGAGGAAAGCGAGGAGGAUGAGGAGGAGGAAGAAGAGGAAGAGGAAGAAAAGGAAAAGAGUCUCAUUGUUGAAGGAAAAAGGGAGAAAAAGAAGGUAGACCGAUUGACCAUGCAAGUGUCCUCGUUACAAAAGGAACCUUUUACAAUUACACCAGGAAAAGGACAAAAACUUUGUGAAAUUGAAAGGAUACAGUUCUUUCUGAGUAAAAAGAAGACAGAUGAACUUCGGAACCUGCACAAACUCCUCUACAACAGGCCAGGCACUGUUGCUUCCCUAAAGAAGAAUGUGGGCCAGUUUCAGCGGGUUUCCAUUUGAAAAAGGAAGUGACCAAUACAAAAAGAAGGAGGAGAUGUUAAAAAAAUUU